AUGACGGAAAAACAGACCAUUAACGACUGGGAAAACCCUAGAGUUCUCGAGCGCAACCGCCUAAAACCGCGGGCUUAUUUCCUCCCCAACACUUUCAUCUCCCUCAACGGUAAUUGGGACUUUAAUUAUGCAGCCUCGCCUCUACUUGCUCCACAGCCGAAAACGGAUUCUAAUUCAGAUGUCACUGCAAAGGAAGCAACAAUUUGGAAGCCCAUUGCUGUGCCGGGGCAUUGGCAGUUGCAGGGUUAUGGCCGCCCGCACUAUACAAAUGUUAUUUUCCCUUUUCCUUGCUGCCCUCCACAUGUACCAAGCGAAAAUCCAACUGGUACAUAUCGGAGAACAUUCUUCGUUCCCCCAGAAUGGGACAAAUCUUGUCAACUGCGACUGCGCUUCGAUGGAGUAGAUAGUGCUUACCAUAUCUGGGUCAAUGGCAUAGAAGUGGGAUAUGCGCAAGGUAGCCGGAACCCAGCAGAGUUUGAUAUUUCAAAAUUAGCGAGGCGCGGCGAAAGUAAUGAAGUCCUUCUUCGUGUCUACCAGUGGUCGGAUGGGUCCUACAUCGAGGACCAGGACCAAUGGUGGCUAUCUGGCAUCUUCCGAGAUGUGACCCUCAUUGCAUUCCCAUCCAUUGCACGCAUCGAAGAUUUCCGUGUUAGGACAGAGCUAGACAAAAGUUAUAUUGAUGCAGAACUCAAGGUGUCCGUUGAUUUGACUGUCACCGUACCGAGCACCGUUACAGUCACGCUCUUUGACACUUCGGACCGCGAAAAGCGCAUCGAAUCCCAAAGUGGCAUCUUUAAAGACAAACAAGGAACCUUAGAUUUUGCUCUAAAAGUGUCUGAUCCCAAAAAGUGGACUGCGGAGACACCCGAUCUCUACAACAUUGAGAUCUCCAUAACCACCACAGACGAUGUAACAGAACUGCAGAAAAUAUCCCACAGAGUUGGGUUUCGGCAGGUCGAGAUUAUCAACGGAAACAUUGCCGUGAAUGGCGUCCCAGUUCUCUUCCGUGGCGUAAACCGUCACGACCACCAUCCUCUCUUCGGACGUGCAGUUCCACUAUCGUUCCUCCGAGACGAUCUCUUGCUCAUGAAGCGUCAUAACGUCAACUCCGUCCGAUGCUGUCACUAUCCUUCCCAUCCAAAGCUAUUUGAGCUAUGCGAUGAGCUCGGACUGUGGGUUAUGGACGAGGCCGAUCUGGAAUGCCAUGGAUUCUACGACGCAGUGGCCCGCCCGCUCGACAUCCCUGAGUCAAUGGAUUAUGAACAGCGCAAAAAGCUUACUUUUGAAGCUGCUGCGCAAUUCACCUCGAACAAUCCAGAAUGGAAAGAUGCGUACCUCGACCGCGCUAUACAAUUAGUCCAGAGAGACAAGAACCACAGCUGCGUGGUGAUUUGGUCGUUGGGUAACGAGGCCUUCUAUGGGCAGAACCAUAAGGCGAUGUACGACUACAUCAAAGGCGAGGACCCCAGCAGGCCAGUGCACUACGAAGGUGAUGCUAAGGCGCUAUCCGCCGAUAUGUUCUCUUUUAUGUAUCCAUCCGUAGAGAGAAUCAUCCGUCUUGCAAACGAGGAAGGGGAUAGUUUCAAAAAGCCGAUUGUACUCUGCGAGUACGCCCAUGCAAUGGGAAAUGCACCUGGUGGGUUAGAAGAAUAUAUGGAGGCUUUCCGACAACAUCGUAGAUUACAGGGAGGCUGGAUUUGGGAAUGGGCGAACCAUGGUCUCUGGGACGAAGAGAAGGGAUAUUACGGCUAUGGUGGGGACUUUGGUGACUUUCCAAAUGAUGGAAGUUUUGUUCUCGAUGGGCUCUGCUUUAGCGAUCAUACUCCGACACCUGGGCUCGUUGAGCUGCGCAAGGCUUACGCACCUGUACAUGGUUGGGUCAGUGAUGGCACAAUCCAUAUCCAAAACCGACAUGACUUUGUCAGCCUUGAUGAAAUCCGCGCGACCUAUAAAGUCGAGGUUAUGGACGAAGAUUCUAAGGUGGUCGCGGCGGGAACCUUCGAUUUGCCUAGAAUCAAAGCCGGGCAGACAGGACAGCUGGCACUGCCAUACAACAUCCCGCGUGCUAAAUCAGGUGAAAUUUGGCUGACAGUCAUAUUUACGGUUGGCGCUUCCGUAUGGGCAGAGGCCAACUUUGAAGUAGCCAGUUUUCAAGCCCGCCUCGAUGAAGGCUCAUCAUUCCUGGCGGGAGGAACAUUAUCCACACCUAAAUUUGCCCUUAUAUGUUAUGUAGAACCGACUCGCCAUGUCGUAACCGGAGCAGCAUUCAACCUGUCAUUCUCUCGUACAACUGGCAGCCUGACAAGCUGGAAGACCCAGGGCCAAGAGCUCCUCUCCCCAGACUCUAAAGGCACCUCACUAAACAUCGGGUUUUGGCGGCCUCCAACAGACAAUGACGUUCCAUGGGAUCUGCUAGAAUGGCGACGUUACGGUCUCGAUACGGUUGAGUCUCAGUUACGCUAUAUGAAUGUGGAGCAAAUCAAUGAAACGACUAUCAAAAUAGUCACGGAGACAUACCUCACACCUCCCAUUUUAGCCUGGGGAUUCCACGCUACAACUACCUAUCAAGUCACUGGCGAUGGAGCUAUAAACAUUAAGGUGCACCUGAAACCUGAGGGACGUAUACCCAAAGACCUGCCGCGAAUUGGGCUCAAUCUCCGUCUUGCGGAUGAGUUGGACAAUGCGAGCUGGUUUGGUCUAGGCCCUGGAGAGGCAUAUGCCGACAAAAAGCGUGCUCAGAAGGUGGGUAUUUACAGCGCAAACACGGCUCAGCUUCAUACGCCCUACGAAGUACCCCAAGAAGGCGGAAACCGCAUGGAGACGCGCUGGUUGAGGGUCAGAGAUGGACGGGGAAGGGGAUUACAGGUCCAAAGGCAGAAGGUGGGUAGCGAUAAAGAUACCACCACGCUGUUCCAAUGGGUUGCGACUAGAUAUAGUGCCGAGGCAAUUGAGAAAGCAUUGCAUGCGUGCGACCUCGUUCCAGAAAAGGUUGUCAGAGUGAGACUAGAUGUGGAGAGUUGUGGUGUUGGAACAGGUGCUUGUGGACCUCGGACUUUGGACAAGUAUCGUGUUCCCUGCGAGGAAAGGACGUUCUCUUUUACUCUCCAGCCUUAUAGUUCGGGUGGGCUCUAG